AUAGAAGUAUUUUUUGGUGAAAAAGUUAAAUGGAUAUUACCCAACUAGAGAGACCCGCCCGAUAACCAUACCACCCAAAUUAACCCAAACUCAAAUCAAACCCCAUUUGUUUUCAGCUCUCUCCCUCCCUCCUUCCUUUACAAUUACUUAUCGUCGCAUCUGAUCUCCCUCACGACGAAGCUUACCUUGACGCUCCAGCAACCAGAUAAAAUGAAUCCCCAUCUGUGACUGUUUCGCCAGCACUGACUCACUCAGCUAUCUUCGAUCGCCGAUAAUAAACACUUCAAAAGUUCUUUGAUAGUCUAGCAUUAGCUGCAGUUUUCCUGUUUCAUAGACCCUGAUGUCUCUCAGAAAGCCCCCGCUUCCCCGUCUCCUUCUCGACAAUGUUUCUUGCAUGAGGAAUGCCCAACAAAUCUUGAGACAUGUAAAUGCCUCCAUUCAUGAUGGUGGAGCACUUGUACUGAUGGGCACUAAUGGCUCAGGCAAGACUACCUUCCUGCGUAUGUUGGCUGGAUUUUCUCGUCCUUCAGCUGGUCAGGUCCUGUGGAACGGGCAUGACAUCACAGAUUCAGGUGUUUUCCACCAGUACAAGCUUCAACUUAACUGGCUCUCCCUUAAAGAUGCUGUGAAGGAGAAGUUCACAGUUCUGGACAAUGUCCAGUGGUUCGAAGUUCUUGAAGGCAAGCAGGGGAAUUCAAUGCCGGCUUUGGAGCUGAUGGGGCUUGGGAGACUGGCAAAGGAGAAAGCAAGAAUGCUGUCUAUGGGACAGCGGAAAAGGCUGCAGCUCGCGAGGUUGCUGGCAAUGGAUAGGCCAAUCUGGUUGCUUGAUGAGCCUUCUGUUGCUUUGGACACUGAGGGGCUGAAGUUGCUUGAAUAUAUCAUUGCAGAGCAUAGGAAGAAAGGUGGAAUUGUGAUUGUGGCAACACAUCAGCCAAUUGAGAUUGAAGAUGCCAUGUAUUUGAGGCUGCCACCUAGGUUCCCAAGGAGGAUGACUCUGGUAGAUAUGCUUGAUCGUUCGGAUUUUUGAAUUUCAAUGGACAAGGAAAAAAAUUUGUCAUUGAGAUUAUGAGAUUGAGAAGUCCUGUUAGUGGUGUUCAGUAGAAGAUUCUACGCCAUUGCAAAAUGCAAAUUAUGGACUUCUGAUUUCUAUAGUUAAUGGUAACAAAACGUGUUUGCA